GAAGUGUUCAAAUCAAAGAGCGCGUUGCGCAAUGUUGAAUGUUCUGAAUGGACAGCAGUAGUAUCGAAAACUGGAACAAAAAGGAAAUGGUCUAAAAUUGUAGUGGAGUAUAUGUGUAUGAAUGAUAAUGAAUUGCUCCUUGUUGGGAUGCUUUUGUUGAGUAAGGAUGCAUAUGUGGGAGACCUGUUUAAAACGGUGUGAAGUAUGAGCUGGGAAAAGUGGAGUCUUGUCAGCGUGACCAGGAGUGGUCUUAUUUUUUGAUGAAUUGUAUUUCUGAAGAACAGAGGAAGGUUGCAGUGAGCCACAAAAGAAUCCGGACAACAUAAGUUUUGUGUUUUGAACUUUGGAGUAGAGCGCCCGUCAAAGGAGUUAUCUCAGGGGUGACGACGAAUGUUCAGGUUGAAUACCUGAAGAGAAUUCCUGGUGUGGUUGGUGCCCGGCGUCUGACCCUUUUAUUUUUUCGAAAAAUAGAAAAUACCUAUGCAUGUGAAGCUUGGUUAUGUAAGAUACGUCGUAAGAGCUUUCAUACCCAAACCAUUGCAGUGUACGAAUUGUAAAGUAUUUGGCCAUGUUUCAAGUGUGCAGAUAGACAGAGUAUACUGAAGAACGGUGUGUAGAAGAACGACGGCGUUGCACUUGUGGUAGGGAUCAUGAUCCCGAGUUCCUGGAGUGCCCUGUAAGGUUGAAUGAGUUUGAGGUGGCAAAAGUUAGAGCGGUCAAUCGAAUCUCCUAUGCGAAGGUGAUUAAAAUAAUUGAGAAAACAAGUGAUGCUAGUAAAGAUAUGGUAGUGGACGCACGACAGCCUGCAGUUCUAUACUAUAUGGCACACGUCUCAAAGAAGUCUAAGAAACUGGACAUGAUUGUGGCAGAAAAGUUUUUGGGACUUAAAGGAUUUUACAUCUGAAGACCUGCAAGGGGUACUGGUGCCAAAAGACCUGCCCUCCCAGGUUCCCCUUGAGUCUGUGUAGGGAUCAGAUGAUAUAUUUUUUGGUAGUUUGUUCAGUUUUCGGGGAACUCUGUUACCAUCCCACACAGUGGGUGGCGGGAUGCACAUUCAAUUGUGCUUUCGCCAAUUUACCAUAGAAGCGAGGAUACUUGAGGAAAGAUCCGUGAGAGGCUGUAGGGAGAGGAAGCGUCUGUGGUUGAUGAAUGGAACAGUGCGCUUGUUUGAAAUGGAAAAGCUUCUCGGUAGCUACUGACAAAGAAGAACAUCAAGACAAAGCAGCUGCUUUACAAGUGGGAUGCACGGUUGAGCUCUACAUCCCGAGGGGUUCAUGUUGAUUGUACAGAGAUUGUGACAGCCGGUAAAAUGGCGUCCUUUGAAAGGGCAAGAACAAGAUGUAUGUCAGGAGAAGUGCAGUAUUCUCAUAAGGAGACGUAUACUUGGAAUAUGGAGAAGGAAUUCAGGGAAAAAAGAGAGGCAGAGGAGGACGAAGAGCGAGAAGGAGGAAGAGGGUGAGCUUGAGUCUGUUAAAAAUGGCUGAAAAAAGAGAGAUUGUUUGUUAAAGAAGAAUGGAAGAGGUGUAAGCAGAGUGAGCUUUACGUUGGCUCGAAGACGAGGAGAAAUGGAAGUGAAUGAGGGCGAAAUAUCGGAGGUGGUAGGUGUGGUGAAGUUCUCGGAGCCCGAGACUUGAACCAAGGGUCAGGAUAAAGAUGAGUCUGUGACAGUAGGAGUGACAUUUCUUUUGAAAAAGUGCACCCUAGCCUUUUAGCUGAUCAAUUUGUGGUUUCAGGGCGGGUGAAAACAGACUUGAGUGGUGUGGAAUUGGUGAAGGUAACCAGAAGUGAUCUUGUGUUAAUUGUUUGUGAUUCUGCUGGUCAGAGGGAGCAGGGGCUCCGCCUGAAAUGAAUGGGGACAAGAGAAGUGAAUUAUUUUGCUCUCAAGGAAAGGGCAUCACUGAGAGGAGUGAUUACUGGGGUAGGGGUAAAUGUGAAUGUUGAUCAACUGAAGGGGAAGAUUCCCAGUGUUUGUGAUACUCAUCAUUUGUUGCGACACAGACAGGGUGGCGUGAGUGGUGAAACAAAAGAGUCUGUCCUUGAGUUUUGAUGUUGAGUCUUUGCCCAACAAAGUGAUGUUAGGAUAUAUAAGUUAUCCUGUACGAGGAUUUGUGCUGAAUACAUUACAUUGUUACAGGUGUCAAGCUUAUGGGCAUGUGGCAGCAGUGUGUAGGAGGGAGGUUCCUAGGUGUGAGAAGUGUGCAGGAGGGCAUGAGACAAAGGAAUGUGUAACAUUGGGGAAAUUAGUUGUAUGUGUUAAUUGUAGUGGUGCCCAUAGGGCUGGGGUUCAGAAAUAUCAUGUGCGAGAGAGGCAGUUUGAGGUUUCCAGUAGAGUAGUGGUUAGAGUAGUGCAGAAGUUGUGGUACGCUGAGGCGGUGAAGAAAGUAGAGGAAGAUGGGUCAAGGGGGAGGGAUCCUGAGAGGAGUGGUGUGAUUAGUAGAUCUGUACCAGUACAGAGGGAUAGGCCAACAAGUGAUAUAUGUUUCAGUGAGAUUGGAUUUUUAUCAUUUAUAGCAAUGGUUAUCAACUGUACUGCAGGGAUGGAACAUAAGUCACAGUAUAUUGGUGGCAGCUGCAAAUAGUUAUUUGGGUCAGAAGAGUUACAAGGUGUUAAUUGGUGGUGUCCCAACCUUUCAGGCUGUUGGCUUGAGGUAGGAUUAAAAAUAUGUAUAUAGUGGAGUAGGGUGGUGAGUGUAGGGUUAGAUGGUAGGGUAUGUGUUGACUUAUAUAUUUUAUGAUUUUUUAUUUUAAGUAUAAGGAGUAUACUCCAGUCUAGUAGGUGGCGGCAAUGCAACAUUUGUUGGAUGCCAACCGCCGUAAAACCUAAUCGAAGAAGAUACCAUAGUAUUGGGAGAAUCCUGCCUCCUCUUUCACAAGUGCGACUAUAGCUAGUUACGGUAGCGCCAGCUGGAGCAGCCAUGGAUCCAAGCACCACUAUUCUCCGGGUGAAAAGAAAGAGAGGAACUGACCCUGCCGAUGCGUUGCUGCUUGCCUGUAAACGUAUUCGGCCAGAGACUACAUCCCAGACCGCUGGGGAAACUGUGCCUGAGCCCGAUGAUGCAGAGGUUGAGAAUUCAGUCUUCAAACUCGUGGCAACCGUAGCGUCACAGGAUGCCCCAGUCCAGACACAGGUUCGUGAAGCACUGGCCCGCCCCCGCAUGGCCCAUGCCCUGCGCCCCUCAGGCAGCUCCCAGAGGAUUGUGGGAGAUCUGCGGAGCGUAAAGUGGAGCACCAGGCGGGAGGAGCGAUACAGGAUCCUCUCCAGCCAUCGAGCAGGGAUGCCUGCAGAACAGUCCCCCUCAACACAGCCAGAGCCCACAGAGGAGCCAGGCAAAAAUGCCUGGAGCCUGGGGGAAGUUCAGGUGUUUGACAUCAUCCAGGAAGAUGGGGACCAGGAUAAAGCUCCUAGCAAGUUGCUGACCCCUGACCCAGAGACUAUCCUGUGUAACUCGAUGAAGAUGCUCCGUGAGAAGCUGAGUGUGUCUGGAGAGGGUGUGGGUGUUGAGCACCGUGAACGGGAGGACGACUACGUGUAUGACCUUUACUACCAGGAAACAGUCGCUGCAGGCUGGAUCCAGGACAUCCUGUCCGUCAGGCCCUACUCAGACGAGGGAGAGUUGGUGCCUGACUUGGUGGUGAAUGAGGAAGUGUAUGAGGAUGAGAAUGAAGAGGGGAACUGGAGGAAUGACUACCCAGAUGAGGAUGGCAGUGACAGAGAGGAGCGCUAUGGAGGGUCCUGGGAAGAGCACUCGUACAGUCGGAGAUCCUGGGACCAAUACCAGGGCGAGGUGAUGCAGGAGUUAGAUGAUGAUGAUGAUGAUAAUGGAGACAAGGAUGACUCCGACUGAUCUCCAACUUUGAGCAGCAGUCUUUUUUUACUGUGCAAGUGUUGGUGUGAAUGUGUGGUAGAUGUGUCGCACAUGUGCUUCUGGUUAACUUGUAUGUUGGUGAGAUGGUUUGGACUGCGUGUUUGCAUGUUGUGCAUGGUAGUACGUACGUGUAAGCGUAUGUUAGUGAUUGUGCAUCUGAAAGUGUGAUACUAUGUGUGGGUCUACAUUCCCUGUCACACGGGAGCUUGUACUCUUGAUGUGUGAUAGUGACACCAAAUCCCAUCUGUAAAUAUGUAGAUGUGUAUAAAAUAAAGCUUUCAAAAUAAA